CCGGCCUUUUUGAGCUUCAUCUCCUUUCUUUCUGCUUGCCCUUUACCUGCCAGCCAUGAUCCACUCCUUCGUCCUGUCUCCCAAGUCUGUGACCGUUGACUCCAAUUGCUGGAGGGUGUAUCCUACGACGAAUUCAAGGUUCUUACAAAAAGCGGAGUUUUUAGCAGUUAAAUGCCGGAAGCUACAGAUUCCGGCCACAUUUGGCACAACAGCACGCGACAAAGAUGCCAAAUACUCCAUCCUGUAUGCCAAAUACUCCGUCCUGUAUUUUUUCAAAUUUCAAGAUCUGCAAACCCCAGCGGAAACCCAAACGGGGAAGGAGGUUUCUCUACCAGACGAUUGUGAACCCCUACCAAAGGGCAUAGAAGUGACGGUCUCUCUCUCACAAGAAGAUGGGAAGAUCAUUUGCAGCGGCCAAGCGUAUCUCAGCCCAGACAGCCUCGACCUGAUUAAACAGGAAGGAGAAGAAUGGCUGGCACUUGAGGUGGGCACGUUUCAGUCGUCUACCGUUUGUGGCGAUAUCACCGCUAAUCUGCAGAGUGCCGUUGGUGGUCCAUGGAAGAUAUCCCUUGUGUUUGCUGGGGUGGAGAUCCGUGGUGUCUCCAGAUCUUAAAGUUUAGUCAGCAGGUGGUCAAUUCCCAACAUCAUCAUGAUUAUGAACACACGCAGGGUCGACCUACACAUCUAGUCCGUUGCAGCUGCUUGCCUGUCGUUCUAUAUAUGUUGUGUUGUGUCUCGUGUUUGUCUGAUAAUAUGGUAAUGGUAAUAAAUAAAGUUGGAUGCAUGUGUAGAUCCACACUAAUGUGUUCAAUUUGUAUUUCAUAGCGUAAGUCUGUUGGUCGUUGU